UGAUACUUCCGACAGUUCCGACUGCGGGCGCUAGUGUAGUCGGUCAAGCGCAGUGCAAAUGGUGUUGCGGUGCAAAUCAGUGCAAAUCCAGCAAUUUAUCUAGCUGUCGUUUACGUUGGCCGUCGUAGCCGUCGGAGUCAGUGGUCGCAGGAAGAUGGAAAAAUGUAUUUAAAACGCACAUCGAAGCUGUUGGAUCUCACAGUGUCGCGUAAUACCGCGGAUGUGCAUCUGCGCGAUUUGACGUGCCCGAUAUGUCGCGGCAUUCUGAUCGAACCAGUGACGCUGCCGUGCACACAUAACCUCUGUCUACGCUGCCUGCAGGGUACAUUCGAGCACAACAGCCUGACCUGCCCACUUUGUCGGGUCCGGGUGGGUUCCUGGUUGCGCACCGCCACCAAGUCCGAAACUUUGGUAAACCACGGCCUUUGGCAACUGAUUAGGUCCAAGUUUCCGAAGGAGGUCGAGAACAAGCACAAUGGCGAGGAGGGGGAUCUUGGCUUGGACGCUGAUUAUGCAGCAAAUAGAAUACUCAGUGCAGCUGGAGAGAUACACCGGGAAUACAAGGCUCAACUUCAAAUGGCCCAGGAAGAGAUGCGUCGUGAGAGGCAAGCUGAACAAAUGGCCAGUGAGGCAUUGAUUCAAAAGAUUCAGGCGGAGGAUCAGAUAUUGUUGGCACAGUUGGCGCAGGAUCAAUUGCUAGCCAAGAGCCUGGCAAAGCAGCAACAGAAGGAAGCUACAAAAUGUUAUAACGAAUGCUUGACCACAUCAGUGCCGAAUUAUGUUUUUAACGAGUCCAAGUUUAACUAUACAGCUAUACGUGUAAAUAAUACUGAAGCACCACGAACCGAAACUGCAUGCUUAGAAGGCAGGCACAUGGGUCUUCCUGAGUCUGUCAAGGACAACUCAAAAACAAGACAAAUGAAUGCAUUGUUAUCCAAGAUGGGAAUGUAUUCCAAUGUAUGCGGCUCUAAGGAGAUAAACGUGUCCAGCACGCAUAAAAAUCCGCCUACAUAUUGUUGCCAGAAACAAUUACCCGUUUAUAACGCCGUUGCGAAGAAGCAUCAAACAGUAUCAAAGUUUACCCAACCUAGCACUUCAAAUUAUUCCACUGAUCCCGGAUGCUCCACGUCCAGGACUUACGCGAUAGAGACUAAGGAAGAGUUACGAAUACCGAGCGAUGUAGUAAACAACAAGAAGAAGAGUCUCGGGGUAGAGGUGUGCAUGACGCUGACUGAUGAUGACGAGAGGAUAGGUAGCGCCGAAAGCUCUGGCAGUCACGACAGUAUAAAUCAAGAAAUCCAUCAUUUCAAACCGAUUAAGACAGCGCCAAGGACGAAAUUGCAAAUUUCUUCAGAUGGAAAACAGAUUGAUCCGAAGUUAAUUAGGGUGAUCCCUAUUUUAAAGAAAGUAUCUAACGCAGAGCCGACAGCCCCAUCGUUGACACACGUGAAACGUAUUGGAUGCUCUUGGAGCGCCUUCAGAGGUAAAAUAAGACAGGACGCAAAGGAGAAACACGCAGUGCACAAUCUGAAAGAUAAUACGCCGAGGAUACCGAUUGAUCAGAAACCAUCGACGUCAUUCGUUCAUUCCCAAACGAUUUCGAAUAAGUCGACGAAAUCUCAGACAAAUGAUGCUAUCCGUCGACUUGAUUUUAUACCCGAAUCAUCGUUCGAUAGCAAUAAAAAUUAUACGAAGAAUACAAAUAAAAUAAUUAAUGGUACUAAGGUGAGCAAGAAGUCGGAUGAUGAGGAAUGGGAUGCGAGGAAAACACGCAAGUCCUGGAGAUCGAUCAUGCAAAAUGGUAUGGUAGCGAAAUCUAAUCGGUAUAAAAAUUUGCGAAGCAGCAGGAAAGAAAGCAGACUUACUGUGAACGUGAUAGACGAAGAGGAGGACGAUCCAACGAACUCCAAUCCGUCAUUCAAUAAAACAAGCCAACAAGACGGCGAGCGGAAUGACGACGAUAACAUAGCUGUCGAAAAUAUAGCCGAACGAAUUAAAAGGAGAAAAGAAAACGCAGACAUAAAGAUGUCGGAGCCAGAAAUGGAAUCUACUGCGUCUAAAAAAAGCAGAACAGCAACGAAGAAGAAAGCUUUACUUGAGAGGAUAGACGAAGACCAAGUCACGUUCUCGACAUCUCAAGAUAGUACGGAGGCCGACGAAAAUUUCACGGGAAGGACGAAGCGACGAAAAAUGAGCAAAAGGAAGUCCGUACGUAACUCAACGACGACCUCCUCCACGGCAGGUGAAUUAGAUAGUGCAUGUAAUAAGAGUAAUAGCAAGUUCAAUUAUGACUCACCGCCGGAGUCUUGCGACGAGAUGGAAUGUGUCUCGGAAAACGAACGUCCUAUGGACAAACUCUCGGAUGAGGAACUGAUCGAGGAGCAGCAGCGAAUCGAGCGAAUGUUGUUGCAAGAGCGGGCGGAUUUCGAGCUGGCGCGUCGUUUGCAGGCCGAGUACGACGAAAUGGAGCAAAUAGCCGGACGUACCCGACGCUCGAGAAGAGCCAUCGAGAGUGAGAAAAGCGUCAACGUGAACGCGCGUGAGAUUAACGCGGCGAGGACUGUCCGUAGGACGAGCGGUGCGCGCAAGGCGGUGAAACGAAAUUCAGUUGUCAGUACCGCGACUAAGGGAAAACGUGGCAGGCCAAAACGCAUAAAAAUCACGGUUGAUGCACGCGAAGACGAGACUCGCACACGAUAAUCAUGUCGCGGCGCGUGAGAACCCUUCACAAUUGGAUGUUCCUAUAAGCCAUACGUUUGACGAAAGAAGAUUCGAAAGAAAAGCCGCAACUUUUGUAUAGUGUCUUGUGUAUUUUUUAACAAAUCAUUUGCGUCGUAUCGAAUAUGUACCUGGAUACAUUGCGAGAGUAUAUACGGAAGCGGUUUGGAUCUUUAGAUUAUUGUAACAUCGUUUUCGGUGUUCACACGAUGGAACGUCUACGUGCCGUUUUUGUUCCUAAUACAUCGAUCGUGUGCGUUUUUUAAAAUAACGAUGAGAAACGCGGCUUGUGCUCACGUACAGCGUGCCCUGAAACGCCCGGCCUAAAUUUUAACAAAUCUUGACAGGCAGAUUUUUUUCAGUGAGAAGAAUUUUUUAAGAUUAAGGUUGGAGUUUCUUCGGGACACCUCGUAUCUAUAUUUUUAUUAGUCUUUGAAAGAGUAAAAUAUCGCAUUAAUCAAAACGAAGAGUGACAAUAUUUGAGCGAGACGUUGUUACGUUUUUGGAGACUAAAGGUAUCAAGUGCACGUUCUGAUGGCGAGAGAUGUGCUAGAUUGAAACUGUUUUGUACAGUGAUUACACUUAUUUUUUAAGAGAGCUUGUCCAUUUAAAUAGAUUUAAGUGGCUACUCAUUACAGCAAUCCUACAAUAUUAGGUAUACGCAAAUUAAUUAGCUUUUUUGAAAGUUCGAUUAUGUGCUGACAGCUGGUCUUUGGUUCCUUCGCUUUCAGCAAAGCGCUAAAUCGUGUAGUGAUAAUCAUCGCGUGGCGUGUCGUUGUUAUGCGAUUUCUAGCAGAAACUUUCGACAGAGAAUUGCUUUAUCGCGAAAUAUGUAUGUUUAUAUUUCUAUAUGCCGUUCCCGUGAAAAUUAGUUAAAAUCAAAGGAGGAUUAAUCGAGCUUAUGUUUCUUUUUAUGUAUGAAAAUAGGAAGAGACAAAAGUAUCAUUUAAAACUCAAUUACAACUAACGUUUACGGAAGGAUUAUCUUAAUAUGUAAAGUUUAUUAUGUCACAUUUAUACACCGAUAUCAUCGGUAAGACAAAUUAUAAUGAAUAAUCGUGUAUAUUGCGUUGAAAGAAAGAUUACUAGGCCGAUAUUCAAGAUUAUUUAAGAGCGUCUUAAGUCUUAAGAUGUGACAAGCCAAGCAUGAGGUAUAUUAGCACCUUAAUACAUUUACUUAAGAUGAUCUUAAAAUAAAAACAAACUAGGAAUAUACUGGUCUAUACUUUCUAAAUCUUUUAGAGUGAAUCUCACUCUUAAAGUAUUUGAGUCAUCUUUUUUCAAGCUCAAUCUUCAUUCUUUAGAAUGAGAUCUCACUUCAAGGAAUUUAGAGAGUAUGUUGAUAAGAAACCCGCUUGAUUAUCGCAAUCAUUUAUCAGCCUCGACGGCCUUGAUUAUCAUACUGCAAUCGAAUUAAUUGUUAUAAAUUAAACGUUAUAUUAAGAAAAGAUUUAUACACUUUGCGCGAUCAUGUGGCGGACUUAACUCGAUGGGCGUAGAAGCUAAUUGUCAAGGAAUAUAUUUUGCGAGCUAUAGUUUCUUUGCAGUUUACAGCCCCGUUUUUAGUAAACUCGAAUUCUCUCUCGCCUUUAUAGACGCUGAUACACAUUCAUAUUUUACACAUAUUUCUUUAAACAAAUUUUUUAUGGAAAUAACUUCGCGUCCACGCCUU